AUGUCUGACACCGGCGAGAGCGUCCACAAACGCUCACGAUCUGCGCAUGCGCUCUCCCUCCUGAGGCGCAAGGAUACGCGCGAAGACGAGUCUGGCUCUGAAGACGGCCGAACAAGCAACAACGGUUCUUCAGCUACCGCAGGCAGGCUACCACACGGCUCCAUGACACACCAACAGAGCACCCGGAGCCAUCACAGCUCCAGGCUCUCCGUAACCUCGGCCAGCCUGACCAGGACGCCCUCGGCCAACAACAAUAACCACAACAAUGUCCCUGCCCCCGCCCCCUCCCCGAUCCCUCUCAAGCCUACUACGAGCCACGACAAGGGCGCGAGCCUUGAGCAGUCUGUCAAGAAAUUCCGAGUCGUCGAGGCCCUCCGAAGCGGCGACACAGCGUCCAUUUCCAAAGUCAUUCGAGAAUCCGUCAGUGAAGACGGCCCACGCCCAAGCACUUCGUCGCUACUAGGCGGCUCUGCUUCCGGGCUGGAUGACACCACCAUCUUGCAUCUGGCCAUCCAAUGCGCCGAAUUCCCCGUCGUCGAGUAUGUCUUGUCAGACGGCCAGGGCACCCUCGACCUCAACGCACGCGAUAAGGAGGGCAACACCCCUCUCCAUAUUGCGGCCGCUCAGGGUCGCACGCCCGUUGUCAAGCUGCUCCUAGAGCACAAGAAUAUCAAUGAUGCCGUCGCAAACUUGCAGGGCAAGCUCCCCAUCGACCUCGCUCGAACACCCGAAAUCUUCCAACAGCUCCAGCUCUCACGAUCCAUAUACACCGAGGAAAAGAUUAGGCAGGUCCAGGCACUCAUUGCGAACGGCGACAAUGAUGGUCUUGCGCAGCUACUCGAGGAGCCACGCUUCAAGACCGUCAUCGACAUCAAUAGCCCCGAAUUUGCUUCCGAGCCGGUCACGGUCAGCACUGGAGGCACUCUCUUGCAUGAAGCCGCUCGCAAGAAGGACACGAAACUGAUCCAAACACUUCUGCUCCAUGGAGCUGACCCCUUCCGUCGCGACCGCAAAGGAAAGCUCCCCCAGUCCAUCACCAACGACGACAAUGUCAAGGCUAUUAUCAAGAGGUCGCCUGCUGCUGUCGCUGCGCAACGUGUGAUUCAAGAAAAGGCUGUCCUGGGCCAUGCCGCAUCUCAAACCGCCGCUGCUGUGGCAGCUGGCGACCCCUUGGCCGGCCGUGAGGCGCGUGAGAUGAAGGGCUACCUCAAGAAAUGGACAAACUACCGCAAGGGUUACCAGCUGCGAUGGUUUGUGCUUGAGGACGGCGUUCUCAGUUACUAUAAACAUCAAGAUGAUGCGGGCUCAGCCUGCCGCGGAGCCAUCAAUAUGAAAAUCGCUAAGCUUCAUAUGAGCGCAGAUGAAAAGACCAAGUUUGAGAUUCACGGAAAGUCCUCGGUCAAGUACACUCUUAAAGCCAACCAUGAGGUCGAGGCCAAGCGCUGGUACUGGUCUCUAAAUAAUUCCAUCCAGUGGACGAAGGAUCAGGCCAGAGAGGAGGAGCGACAGCAGGCUCGAAACGCCGAAAUUCUCAAGCAGGCCAAGGCUGAGCAGAGCCACCAGUCUCUUGGGGUCGAGCCUUCCAGCGAAACAACGAGCAUAUCAGACAUUCGACAGAGCACCUCUCACGUGCCAAGCCGUUCGCUGCCAAGUGUCAAGGCAUCGGGACAAAGGAAUGACCACCACGACUUGGACGGCCAGGAUGAUGACGAAUUUGCCGAUGCUGUUACCGAAGCCAACUUCUCGCGUGUUCGUAGCAACGUCCACAGUAAUACCCAUCACCUGGGAGACAUUGACGACGAGGAUGACUACGGUGACGAUAUCAGUGGGCAUGAGGAGCCGACCGCCACUAGAGAUGCUCUGAACAUCACCGCCCAGUCAGCCAAGCUACAGCUCGAAACUCUGUCCCAGGUUCAUGCUGCUCUUAUGCUGGAAACGGGUCGCAACCCAGGAACACCCCUUUCCGACACCAAGGUUGCGCAGGCCUUUGCAACCUAUGACGGCGCUAUUCGGAGCUUGACCGGGCUUGUGGGUGACCUACUACGUAUUUCCAAGGAUCGCGAUGCAUUCUGGCAGUACCGCCUCGAUCGCGAGUCUGAAAUGCGCCGUAUGUGGGAAGAGAGCAUGGCGCAGGUUGCCAAAGAACACGAGGAACUGGAAGCCCGCAUGGGAGAGGCGGAACAUAAGCGCAAGUUGACGAAGAAGGCACUCCGAGAGGUUAUGGAGCAGGGCGCUCCCACACUGCAAGUGACGGCGCCGACUCCGAAGAUACCAGCCUACGAGGAAGAGGAUGAGAUCGACGAGGGCAAGAGCCUGCGCAGGAAGCCCACUGCUCUUCAACAGAUCGCUGCCCUUUCAGAGAGUGAAUCCGAAGACGAGGAGGAAUUUUUCGAUGCCGUUGAUGCUGGCGAGGUCGAGGUCGCAGACGUGACCCUGGCUGAGGUGGGGGUUGAAGAAGCCCAGAAGGAGGUAGUGGUAUCUGAUGGCUUUGACAUCAGCAGCUCCUUCAAUGGAUACGAAAAUGGCAUUCGACAUAGGCUCAAAAUGGAUUCCGACAACCGACCUAAGGUGUCUCUCUGGGGCAUUCUCAAGUCGAUGAUUGGCAAGGAUAUGACCAGGAUGACACUGCCAGUAUCAUUCAACGAACCCACAUCACUGCUGCAUCGAUGCUGCGAGGAUAUUGAGUAUAUCGACCUUAUCAAUCGCGCCGCAGAGAAGUCAGACUCGAUUGAACGUCUGGUCUAUGUUGCAGCAUUUGCCGCCAGUGAAUAUGCCUCGACUAUUGGACGUGUUGCAAAGCCCUUCAACCCUCUUCUUGGAGAAACCUUUGAGUAUGUGCGACCUGAUAAGAAUUACCGGUUCAUCUGCGAGCAGGUGAGCCACCACCCUCCUAUCGGAGCAUGCCACGCCGACGGACCCAGAUGGACGUACUGGGGUGAGUCCAGCGUGCAGUCGAAAUUCUACGGAAAAUCAUUCGAGUUCAACCCACUGGGAACGUGGUUCCUCAGGCUGAGGCCCACUGAUGGAAGCCCCGAGGAGCUGUACACAUGGAAGAAGGUGACGUCUUGCGUCGUUGGUAUCAUCACUGGCAACCCAAGUGUAGACCAGUAUGGUCUGAUGGAGAUUAAGAACUGGAACACGGGAGAGGUCGCCUUGAUUGACUUCAAGCCUCGUGGGUGGAAGGCCUCGAGCGCUUACCAAGUCACCGGCAAGGUCCUUGAUGCCAGUGGCAAUGUACGGAUAAGCAUGGGCGGUCGCUGGAACUCGAGAUUUUACGCGCGGCUCACCCCCGGCUAUGAAGCCACCAUCGAUGCCCCCUCCAAGGAGAAGGACAGCGGUCCCGUACAUACUGGGAGCUUCAGCGACCCUAGUAGAGCAUAUCUCAUCUGGGAGGCGAACGAGCGACCUACGGGUAUUCCGUUCAACCUCACGCCAUUCGUGUUAACAUUCAACCACAUUGAUGAGCAGCUCAGGCCCUGGCUUGCGCCCACAGACUCUCGCCUGCGGCCAGACCAGCGUGCCAUGGAGGAGGGAGAAUAUGACUUUGCUGCUACGGAGAAGAACCGGCUGGAGGAGGCCCAGCGUGCUCGGAGGAAAGCCCGUGAGGCUAGCGGCCAGGAGUUUGUGCCCGCUUGGUUCUCCAAGGACCGCGAUCCGGUGACGGGCGAGAAGUUCUGGAACUUUAAUGGAAAGUACUGGGAUCUAAGAGCCAAGGGAGGACCUGACGGAGACCCCAACGUAUGGGAGGGGUUGGAGCCUAUAUACCAAGAUGCGGAUAUUUAG